AUGUCCGUCUCAACGUCCGCCUCCGCGCCCAAAUAUGCCCCCUUCACAAUCCUUACGACCUCAUACAAAUCCGUCGAUGACCACCCAAUCAACGUCUACACGCUCGUUCCGAAACUGGUCCUCGCAAACAUAACCCCCGGCGACGCCGCAAGUGAGACCUCCAAACCCACGCCGCUCCCCGUAUUGGUCAAAUUCCACGGCGGGUUCCUGGUGACCGGCGACGCCCUCUACGACGACUGGUUCCCGCAGUGGCUGGUCGACUACGCCCUGCAGCACACCGCCGUGGUAGUCCUACCAAACUAUCGACUCCUCCCCGAGGCGAACGGGGCGGAAAUCAUGGACGAUGUCGCAGAUUUCUGGACCUGGCUGCGCGAUGAGUUCCCUCGGUACUUGAGCCACGAGGCGCCCGGGCUUCAGGUCGAUCUGUCGAAGGUGCUGGUCACGGGGGAGAGUGCGGGCGGGUAUUUGAGCGUGCAGUCCGCGCUGGGCAGUUCCGCGGGGUUAGCGAAGGCUAGCAUCGCGACGUACCCCGUGCUGGAUGUCGCGAGCCCGUUCUACACGGAGGAGUACGACAAGGUGAUUCUGGGGGCGCCGACUCUGCCCAAGGACGUGCUGGGGCGGCACAUCCAAUCCGUCGAAGACGAAGCGGCCAAAAAUGGGAGGAAAAGCGUGGUGACCAGCGCGACGCCGCCUGAUAGGUUGCCCUUUGCGCUGUCGAUCGUGCAGCAGGGGUUGUAUCGGAAGUUGUUGGGCGAGGACAAGGUCUUGUACCCGAUGGAGAGGGUCGAGGAUGUGAGCGCCCAGAAUGUGCCUUCGAUCUUGAUCAUCCACGGGCGGGAAGAUAGUGCCGUGCCGGUGGAGGGCAGUGAAAAGUGGGCUCAAAAGGCGAGGGAGAAGUUUGGGGAGGGAAAGGUGGACUUGAUUGUGCAGCCUGGGGAGCAUGGCUUUGAUACGGACCCGAGCGUUACGCUGGAGACGCCGUGGCUGAAGGAUGGGUUGGGCCGGAUCACCGAGGCGUGGUUGGGCGUGAAGUAG